AUGACUAUGUCAAUAAUUCCGUUGUUGAAUAUUGUUGACACCGUCUCUCAUAAAACAUUACUGGUUAGAUUUGGUCGUGUGCAAAAAGUAGAACGUUUGGGCGUCACUGGUUUUGUAGUUAGUUUCAUGGAUGUUCGGUCGGCGCAAAAAGCCCAUUCAACGGAGCCAAAAUUCCAAGGUCACCAGCUACGAAUCGCAUUCCACGAACAGAACAAGAAAAUCUAUCUCGAACUUCUCGUCAUCAUUUUGCUCAAUUUUAAUCUUACAUGGACAAACGUAACGUCAUUGCUGUUUCCACUGGUUUGUGAACUACCGCUAUCCGCCUGCUUUGGUGGAGCUGAAUAUCAGAAUCGAGUAGGCGUUAUUCUUUUAUCCUGGGCGGCUGUUUCAUCUGUUUACCUGCUCACCGUAUUGAGUUAUUUAUGUUCUCAAUUAUGACUUCCAUAUCUUGCAGUCUGUCGUUUAGUGAUUGACGGCUUGGUGAACGCGACAACGUCGAGUAACGCAUCUGGGCUUGGUUCACCUCAAAAUAUAAGAAAUGCUAGCAGUGGCAGUGCGGCGACCGAUUCGCAUCGACGUUCAUCCGAUCUGCAUUCGCCAAAUUCAUCCUCAUCAAAGCAGAUUCAGAAGGAGCGAAUGUCACAGCAUCGAAUUUCAUCAUCGCGGCGGCAGUCUCGAGAGCGAGAACGUGAUAGGGAACGAGGAAAUUCUAGUCGGACUGAUGAACGAUCUCAGCGAAGUAGGACUUCAGCUAAUAACGAUCGACGAGUAGGUGUUAAUGAUCAACGUACUUCACGGCGUUCACGUCAUUCGCCGCGCGCAUCCGCAUCAUCCGAUUCGAGCCGUGAUUCAGCAAGUCCAAGUGGGUCCUCUGGACACCAUCAUCAUGCAUCAAACACUCAUACUGUGCAGUCGACGGUUAUCAAGCUGGGAGCAUCAGGUUCGCGACGCAACGAUGCAAAUGCAUCCAACGAAUUGUCCGCUUCAGGUGGUAGUCAUGACAGCUUAUCAAGCGUUUUUCCAGGCAUUCAGGGCAUUUAUGUGUCCAAUUUGCCAUCUUCACGUACGGAAGGUUUUCUGAGAGAUGGCUUGAUGAAUUUCUUCAAAAAAUUUGGUAAAGUGAUUCAUAUCAUGUUUGAGACAGAAUCUGGUCCAAAUUUUGUAGAACAGCGGCGAGCACUUGUCGUUUUUCAGAGACUGGCAGAUGCUGACAAACUCAAAGAUAUUCAUCACUUAUUUGGAUUACGGUUGAAAAUUAGAUUUGCAAGUCACGCUGCCAUCACAGAAGCUUAUAGCACACAUUUGGGGACAAAUGGACAGGAAUGCUUGUCAUCUCAAGAUGCUUCUUCAACACCAAGUUCUUCAGCUGUCGAUGCGCUGGCAAGUAGAGCUUCUCGAACUCUAUAUGUCGGCGGCUUAGAAAGACGGACAACCGAUGAUUCUCUUCGCUCCCGUUUUAGCUGUUUUGGACAUAUCCUGGAAACAGAAGUUAAGAACUGGGAAAGUCCAUCACCGUUUGCUUUUAUACAAUUUGCGGAUAUACAUUCGGUCGUCUGUGCAAUUAAUGCAUAUGCUCAGUCGACACAUUCGUCCAGUGGCAAAAGUAAAUUAAAGAUGAAUUGGGGCCGUACAAUUGUUAGUAAUAAGAUUUGGAUUGGCGAGUUGCCGUCGAGCUGUUCGGCAGAUUAUUUGCGUGAAAAAAUUCGAGUAUCGUUCACAGAUACGUUCAAUGAAGUCAUAUAUGAUCCGCGCCAUCGGGAAGCCCUCCUUUUAUUCAGCACCAAUGAGAGUGCCCAGAGAGCAUUUUCGAUGAUUAAAACAAAACAGGUAGCUUUUUGGAAUGCAGACGAAAAAAAGGAUGUUCAUGUGCCUGUGGAUUAUUGUUCAGAAAAACUGCAUGAUUAUUUUGUUGACCGGAAAUUCCGCGGUGAAUCCGGAAAUUCCCUUGUGAAUGGUAGUGGAUCAAGUUCAUAUGCUGGCAACAGCACAACAACUUGUUCUAGUGGUGGACCUGCGAUCGCAUCUACAUCUACUUCAUCAUUACUUGCACCGCCACCCGAUCCACCAAGUCAUCUUCGUGACACAUCUUCGAGGCUGGACUGUCGAAGAUCGGGUUCAGAUAUGGUGUCACGGAGACGAAGAAGUGAUGAACGAGAGAGCUGUAGAAAUUCGUCUCGUUCUUUACGAUAUUCGUCUUAUAAUAGAUCUCGACGACGACGUGAAAGAGCUAGAAGGAAUGAUGUAUCUCCUUCGUCGUCAUCAACCUCCUCAACAUCCAGUGAUUCUGACUUAAGUAGCUCGAGUAUGCCAGAUAGAAAACGUACAAGCGCUGGUCAUUCAAAGAGUAUUCAACGUUUGCACAGGGAUAAGACUUCCGUAUGUCCUUCCAGUUCACGACAGCCCAACUCUCCAUCGAGUAGCAAGCCUGACCGGAAUUUCGAACAGUCUAACAGUACAACCGGCAUCACGUUGCAGACUGUUGCAAGUCGUAGCGCCUCAAGAUCAAAUCUAGCACAGUUGCUCCCACCUCCCAUGCCAUCGGCACCAAUUCUGAAUCCCCUUAUGAUAAUGUCAGGCGAAAAGAAGCAGCAACAAGAACAUCAUCAAUCAACGGAAGCAGGUACGAAUGAACGUGAACCAGUUGUAAGGCACAUUGAUUUUAAGCGUCAACAAUCUAUGCCAUCGUCAAGUUUGUCAGUUGAUAGUGAAUUGCAUGAAGCAAACGGAAAAUCGAUGACAGAACAGCGAAGCGGGAAAGCGGAGCAGCAACAACAGAUUGAUACCAAACGAUUAGAAAACAAAGGAUUACACGACAAUGAAUCUUAUAAUCCCGUGGUACAAGAAAAUUUUACUGCAAACGAAAUAAGUGCAAUAACGUCAAAUCGAAUUGAAGAAAUUGCUAAUACUUUGGUAAACGUGCUGCAGCAUCAUUCCAAAGCAUCUACGUCGACAGCUUCGAGUGCCCAAUUAGCUAUUACGAGUGGGACCCAUCAGACCCAAACAUCGACUUGUUCAACCCAACGAUCUACUGACGAUGCCUGUGACAAUGGCAAACAUCAUUCCAAUAGACCGUCUGCCUCUUCCGGUAAACGCACCAAAUGGCCAUGGGGAAAUGAUCCGAUCAAAAAUCAUUGUGCGAUUCCUUUGGAUGGAAGCGCUAAUAGAGGUAAAGACCCGCGACACCGAAAACAUUCGCCGCAAACUUCCGUAUCAUUACCGUUGCCGAAAUUUGGGCAUGAACGUCGUUCUACGCCAAGUAGCUCACGUCGAAAUAGCAUGCCAGAUCCAUUCCGUUCCCCGCUGCAGCAGAAACAUGAAUCAAGAUGCCCAAGGAAUUCUUUACCAGCUUCAAGUUCCGGUCUUGCUGGAUGCAGUUUGAAAUGGAGCGCUGCGGAAUGUUCACCUCCGCAGAAAGUGACUAAACGGCAGACACAUUCGUCAAUAUCAAGAUCGGAAUCAAGUAACAGUGAGGUGAUGCUUUCUCCUGAUCCUUCGAAUUCAGCUACGCAGCCUACACUAGUGACAAGUACCAUAGAUAUUUUCGGGGACACAUCACCUGCCAACAACUCGAGUGCUUAUCGUGAACGACUUGAUGCACUGGGAGCUACUUUUCAAAAUAUCGAGCAGAAGUUUCAGAAAACAAAACAGAAUACCCACUUGGAUUAUGAUCGUAAAGGUUCAUCACAACGCAGUUAUAAGUUCGAGGAAGAGCUAGAAAGACUAAAAGCACGAACUGGAUCAUCCAGUUCGACGGUAACGACCUCGCAGACAAUAACAACUUGUUCUCAUUCGACAUCUAACACAUUUACCGACUCAUACACUAAAACGCGAAGUAAUGGUAGUGGUGCUACAUCGAUUUUCGAUUCAAAAGAUACAGAAGCUCAAAAGCCGAUUCGUACUUCACUUUCUGUUUCUAUUCCAAUGCCACCUGUUUCUGUAACUUCCACUACUUCAAAUCCCUAUAUAGCAGUUGUUUAUACUACAUCCACCAGUUUGUCAAAUCUUCCGUCACCACAAUUUUCUGGCGUUCAACUCAGGAAACAUCUCCUACCAUCGAACAUUACACAGAGCGGUAAUCAGACACCUUCAUCGGCAGCUGCAUCUCGUAUUGCUUAUCCUCCAGAUUUCAGUGUUCCACCUCCACCACUUCCACAACCUCCAGUACCUCCGACAUUGUCUUUGACGGCAUACAAAUCUACAACAGCUGGCACUUCACUGAUCUCAGCUCCACCUCCACCACCUCCACUAAUGUGUAAUAGCACUUCCCAUUCAUUUGAUCCAACAUCAUGCUUCAACACGUCGCUUCAGCCACUUGUACGUAGCGUUGGUCCCCAGAGCGGUAUGCAGUCUUCAUCUUGGAGGACUACAACAAAACCAUCUACUCCGCCACCACCGGCGACACAUUCCACUGUUAGUUCGAAGCAUACCUCGGUCUCUUCUGCGUCUAGCACGUCAAAAUCGUCAACGUCAGAUUCAGUUCCCAGUAGUGCUGCAUUAGAGAUGGAUAAAACGCGAUCAAGAACUCAGGGAACUGACAAGAUACAAGUGAGGGAGAAAGAGCAUGUGAAGAUGAUUUCGAAGUUAUACUUCUCUGAAAAGAAAGCAUCAAAGGAUUCUGCGAGCAAGCAACCUUCAUUAAGUGAAUUAUUCCGUCAGCAGGCGCAAGAUUCAUCAGAAGUUCUUAAAAAACAGCUGGAGAAAGUCAGGAAAGAGAAAGGUGAUGAAACAUUGCAUCAUAAAUCGAAUGAUGAAAAUAAAAAAGGAGUGACUGGAAGCUCGAAAGAAAGACAUUUCAGAGAAGAUGAGAAAAAGUUGUCGGGCAAAUCGGAUCAAAAUGUAGCUGAAAAAGAGAAAGAUAAAAAGCAUACUGAUGGGAGAAGCCAAUCACAGAAAGUGAAGCCGAAAACCGUUACUCAAAAGCAAUUAAAAGAAAAAAAGGAAAAAAAAGAAGCGAAGGAAAAGGACAAGGAAUACGAAGAAGGCGGACAGCUUACCUUUGAAAAGGGAAAAGCACAACGGUCAGUGGAAAAAAACAUCAAGAAUAAAUUAAUGAAGGAUGGCGUUGGUAUUAAACAGAAAGAAAAGCUUAAGGAAAAGGAGCAGCUGCAGAAAGAUCGUGCAAAAAAGAGGCAGGAGGAAGAAAGACGUAAACAGAAGGAAAAAGAAGAGCAGAGAAAAAAGAAGGAACUGAGUAGGAAGAAAAAAAAGCGAAAAAAGGAGUCGAGCUCGAGUUCGAGUGAAGAAACAUCAUCAUCUGAAGUAGAACUCCAUUCAUUUGAUCGGGAAUUGAAACGAUUGUUCAUGGAGGAAGAAGCCUCUGGAUCGCUAGGUUUAUCGAUGUACGAUCGGGUCAAGCAGCGAUCGUCUUCGAAACCAGAUGAUGCAGCCAGGAAGAAUCGAGCACUGGAGUUGUUACAGGAAAGGACACAAAGUCGUCGAAAUAACGAACAGAAUCGGCCAAAGAGGGUGCGGUUAGAGAGUUCAUCAUCUGCCGAGGAGAAAGAUUCGUCAAGCGAUGGUGAGAAAUCCGAUGAUUCGUCAGCUGCUUCAACAGAUGCUUCCAGAGCCCGUAACAAGAAAAAGAAAACGGAAUCGAAAGGCAAAUCGACAAAAAAGGAGAAGUCAUUUCUGCAAAAAAAGUUGCUUGCUGACGACGAAACCGAGGAUAAUGAUGAUGACGAUGAUUGUGAUGAUGAUGAUGACGAUGAUAAUAAUGGAAUUCGAAAGGAUUCUAAAAAAUCUGAAUCGGAGGAAGAACGCUCGAAACGAAGACGUAGUCGAAAGGCAGCAGCAUCAAAAUCUUAUAAAAAACAGAAAAAGACUUCGUCCUUAUCAUUGGACGACGUAUUUGGAAUUUAUUCUACGGAUGAUGAAUCCACGAAACAUUCGAGAGGUUCCAUUGUUCCAUCGUUAUACAAGGAAAAGGAUGGAAAAGAGGACGGUGGUAAAAAAGCUACCACAAAGACUGAUGAAAGUCAAAAAUCAAAAACUGAGAAAGAGAAGAUAGAGACUGCUAGACGUUUAAGUUUAAAAAAGCGCAAAAAGGAAAAGCUGGAAGAAAGCGAUGAAGGCGAAAAUGGUGGAGAAAGAAAGAAGGUUAUCCUACGGAAGGUGGAGAGCAAACAGGUCUUCGAGAAAUCGGUCGAAAAGAAGGUUACUGGUAAAAAACGAAUAAGCAAAAGUAAUGAUGUGGAUGAAGCUACUGCCGUAACUACUGUAGGAGUUCCAGAAAAGAAACAGAGAACGGAGAAAUCUUUGAUUGAAAUUUCAAUGUUCCGAGAGGAUGAUAAGAAUGUUGCUAAAGCGAAGACAUCCACCACGCCCGAACAGAAGAAAAAAAGCCGAAAAUCUGGAAACAAUGGACAAUUUGAAAAGAAGCUAGCGAAAAAAUUAGAAAGAGAGCAGAAAGAGCGAUAUGAAGAACAGAAACGAGAGAUAGCUGAGGCAAAAGAAAAAGGUGAGAAAUUACAAGAUGGGGGUCAGCGGCAAAAAACGGAUAAAGUUGGGAGACAUAGUGAUGGUGACGGAAUGUCUGAUGUUCCUAGUCUAAAUGAUCCAAGUCCAGAUACAGCCAUUCAAAACCAUCAAUCAUUUAGCGGAAAAAGUGUUCGGAAAAGGCAUCUUAGAGUUGAAAAUUCUGAAAAGGUGAAAAUGAGCAGGAAGGAACCGAAAUCACCGACAGCAGAUGUAUGUCAAACGGAUUCUGAUUCUUGUGAAGAUUUGAAAAUAAAAGAUGUAGUAAUGAAGCAGGAGUCAUUGAGUCAGUCUCUCGAAAAAAUAGAUGUGAAUAAUAUGAGAAACAAUACAUCCGGACGAGAAAGCAAAAGUAAUUCACCGUCUGAUCAUAUGAAUAGAGGCCGUGAUCUCCCGCAGUCAAUGAAAAUGGCAGUGGCACCUAUACCUACCAAGACAGAAAUAGAACACACUGAAAUGGAUUGUGUUUCGGAAGAAUGUGCAACGAAUACAGCUUUACAUACCGCAUCGAAUGAAUACCGUACGCCUCGGAAUCUGUUACGUGAUGAGUCAGAGCAGUCCAGAAAGUAUGACUCAGUAGAACAGAAGCUGGAAACCGAUGGAUCUUCAGUGGCGGCAGACAAUUUUACUGUACCCAGACAUCUCCCGGAAGACGCGCAUCUUGAUCAAAAUCGAUCAAACCAACGACAACAGCAGGAGCUCUGCAUAUCCGAAGAUGAUGAAGGUGGAGGAGAAAUUGUUGAUCGAAAUGUCAUUAUUGCUCGUAAAAACUCAGUAUCCUCAACGAAUAGCAGUGAAAGUGGCCAAACAAGUUUGUUAUCAACAUCAUCGGCAAAUCUGGAAACUCAACUGGAAGACGGUCCUGAGGAACAUGAGCAACAGCAAAUUUUAGGGUCAGAAAAGAUCAAAAUUUCGGGAUCUAUUGAAGUAUUGAAGUCUGGUGGUAAUUGUGGCACGGAACAAGAAUUCGUCGAGAAGACCGAAAAUGAAAAGCUAUCUCCCAAUGAUAUGGUGGUACAGCUAUCAACCAGCGAAGGAAUCAUUUCUGUACCAAAUUCGGAUGCCGAAUGUUCUGAUACAAUUAUUCAUGGUGUGGAUAUGGUAAGUAAUGCACUAACAAAGCAACAGCAGCAACCACAAAAUGCUGAAGGAUCGAGAACGAGUAUUUUGGAUAGUGUGAAUGAUGCUGAAUCCAACGGGAGUUUUGAGUUGAUUGAUGAAGGGCGAGUUGGUGAUGUCGAUUCGUUGCCAGAUCAGGAUAUUGAUAGUGAUAUUGGUGGUGUCAGGCAGCAACAGUGCCGAGAAUCCACCUACGAUGUCGACCAUAUUCGGGAAGAAACGAUAAUGGAGGCAGAAGAGGAGCAUGCGGAUGAUCCUGAAUGUGUCGCUACCGUGCGAGUGCAAGAUGAUGUUCACGAUGUGCAGGAAACUGAAUUUGCUGUCCAGUCGAUUGUUUUAGACGAUAAUCGAAGUCAGCAUAGCGGUGAAGAUGGUAGCGGCGCUGUGGAUUAUUUGAGUGAAGGCGCUGGUGAUACAAGUUCGAGACGCGACAGCCUCAGCGAUACAGCAACAAUGGCCACUAUACAUUUAUGUGUGAAUAAGCAGCAAGACAAUUCACAAGAUAAUGUAGAAGCAGAUAAUGAUGACAGUAUUACAUCAAAAUCAGGAGCUGGUGUUGAGCAUCAGGAAAUGGAGUCGGAAGAUAGUGACGAUAGUAAAAGUAAAAUGGACAUAGAUGAUAAACGAAGUGAUUCACAUCUUGACGAGGUAAUUGAUGACGUAGUGGCCGGUGGGUAUAUGGAAGUAGAUGCUGAACAACUAAUGCGUAUAAACUCAAAGAAAGCAAAAGAAGAAGCAGUUUUACGAGCUGCGGCUGCGUCUACGCAAGGAAACAUCAUUCCCAAAGUUACACCAUCGAUAAAUUUCGCAAGAGAUGCUGAAGCAUCACAUUAUGAUUAUCAAAAUGCCACACAAGGACCGCCGAAUAUCCAGCAGCAACAAUAUGGAAACAGUGGUUAUCAUAUGCAACAAUCACAACAACACCAGCAAUUGCAAAUGCCACAGCAAAUACCUUUGCAGCAGGGCCUUUUAUCGCAACCGCCUCAGCAGCAACAACAACAGCAGCUGCAAAAUAUCAUUCAUGGUAAUAGUCAUAUGGUACUGCAACAGCGACCACAACAGCAACAGCACAUAGGUCAGCCUAUAAUGCAGCAACAACAGCAGGGUAGCCGUCUAACUUCUUAUCAGCAAUCACAACCACAGGUUAUGAAAGUUCCUGAGAAUACAUAUCUUCAACCACAUCAUCUACCACCGAUCGAGCAGCGGGUACAAGGAACUACUACGAUACCGCAACAGCAGCAGCAGUCUCAUCCACUGCAGCCAAAGAAUGUAACAUCAAGCAAUUUACCGUCAUAUUAUUCAGGCAGGAAUGCUGCUGGUACAGCCAACUUUGCUUCAGCUCAAAUGUCGCAUCAGCAGCAACAGCAGCAGCAUUUGCUUCUGCAGCACCAACAAACCUCUGAUAACAUGCAAAAUAUAACUAAUCCAGUGAGUGCAGGUGCUGUACAUGCUGUAUCGCAGCUCCCCGAUGUGCGCCAACAGGUAGUGCAAGCAGCAUCAUCACAACAGCAAGCAACUCAAUUGGUAGCUCAAUCACACCUGCAGCAGCAACAAUCUAUAAAUUACGGUUCACAUAUGAUAACUCCAACAUGUAGUGCUACAGCUGUUGUAGCUGCACAGACUGUAGCUGCUGCAUCUCGACAGCUGGAUUUGAACAAACAAAUGGGUUUAUCAGCGACGUCGCUCCAAGAAUCGAUCAGAAGCAAUCCCUAUGAUUUAUAUGCUAAUUUACCGAAGAAACCAACAACCGGAGCAGUACAACCGCAGCACCAGCAGCAGACUCAAAUAACGCAGGAGCAACAACAGGCAAAAGUUUCCACAGAAGUUCGUCAGAAUUGUCCUAAUCCAUCAUCACUUGCUUCACCAUUAAUGGGACGUGCUGGAGCAUCUUCCUCCAGUGUAGCUGCAACAAAUUUGCAAACCAGUCGAUCAAGUGUAUCGGUUAACGCUGCGCAUCAAGCAAAUCGUGCAAUGCAACAUCAGCAGCAACAGCAACAACUUUCGCCGACUGCGCAGCAAGCGGUUGCAUUUGCAAUCGGUUUGCCAGGCACUACUUCACCAUUUACCCAAAUGCAACAGCAAUAUCUGCAACAGAUGUAUCGUUCAACACUCUUCAAUACCUUUCAAGCGGCAGCAGCAACAAGUGCGUAUGGCGGUGGGAAUGUAGCUGCAGCAACCGGCGCAUAUGGAUCAAGUGGUUAUUCAGGGACAUCAAAUAAUCCAGCGGCAGCAGUCGCCGUUGCAGCUGCAGGUGUACUACCUAGUACUGUACGACAGGAUUCCCAACGACAGCAUCAGCAGCAGCCGCAUCUAAUGGAUCUUCAACAGCAACAACAGCAGCAGCAGUAUUUGACAUCUAAUCUAUAUCAGCAGAGUUCGCCGACAACCACAUUGUGCUCUCCUCAACAAGCUAAUAUUGCAGCUCAUCAAUUGAAUUCCUUCUAUGGUGCUGCAACUGGUACAUUUCCGAUUUCGUGCGAAUCAUCAUUACUCUCUACACAACAGAUGACUGGUCAGCCGGGAAUAUAUGUUGGAGUCGGACAACGUCAGCAAGAUGUUAAACAGUCGUUGAAGCAGAAAAUACCACAACAAUCGCAGCAGCAAGUAAAGACUUAUGCUGGCCUGCCAGCUGCAUCGGUUAUCGCCCGGUACCCGGUCAUGUGGCAAGGGAUAAUUGCGCUGAAAACAAAUGAAACUCGUGUGCAGAUGCACAAGGUUGGCGGAAAUGCGGAAAUGUGUAAACGAUCGUUAGAUCAGUUUACAACAACGUCGAAUCACAUGCCUUUAAUACGAAUUAACCAACGAAUGCGUAUGGAAGCGAGUCAGCUUGAAAGUGUUCAAUGUAAAAUGAUGGAUGAGCAUUCGUACAUUGCGUUGAUUUGUCUUUCAUGUGGUCCAAGCAAAGAAGAUAUAAAGAACCAAUCUGAACUUCUCAAAGAACGUUUUGUUGAUUACUUGGAGUCAAAGCAAGCUGCUGGUAUAUGCAAUGUUGGCAAUGAGCAGAAUCCUACACCUAAUACUAUUGUGCACAUCUUUCCACCGUGUGAUUUUGCAUCUGCAUUCCUGCAGAAGAAUAGUCCGGAUUUGCUGGAAAUAUUCCGGCAACAGGAAGCUAGCUAUCUGUUCGUCGUCAUUACAUCCGCUAAUUAG